UUUUGUGUUUUUGUGACGCUGUGUGGUAGUAGUGGAGGGUGCAAGCAAUUCAUUUGGCUUUGACACAAAAGAAGAAAAAAAAUCGAAAAUAAAAUUACAAAUAUUACAAUUAGAAAAUUUAAUAUUAAAAUGUGUUGAACAAUUGGAAAUUUGCAACCAAUACUCAAAUUUGUGAGUGAGAGGAGGAAUUGGAAAAAAGGGCUGUGGUAUCCUUUAUAUAGGAUUUGUCAAUUUUGUUCGUUGUCUGCAGAGAGGAGUGUGUGGGGGUAAAAGAUGGACCACAGCAUUCACAGCGGUAGUCAUGGCUACAUUGAUUUAUCUUCAUCGGAAGAAGAUGAAGAAGAGGAGGAGUUCUCUAUGGCCGAAAGUUCUGAGACGGAUAUCGAUGAUGACGAUAGGGAGGAGUUGCAAAGGCAAUUUUUUCGUCAUGGUCAGACAGCCCAGGCGAUUGAAGGGAAUGGUGCAAGAUUAAGAGAUGAUUUUAGUAAAUGUACUCAGGGUAAUUUGGCCAGGAAGCUAUUGCAAAGAGAAUACAUGGGCAAUCUGGGUUAUGGUCGGAAUUCGAAACCUUUAUUUACAAGCGUGCCAAAAAGACUACGAUUCUGCUUCAGAAACAUAGUUCCAACUGGGCUUUUGCAGGGCCACAUGUUUAUGGGCCUCUCUGCCUGUGGACAGUUCCUGCUCAGCUACAAAGUAUCUUCAAGUGAAAGUGCACCAAACACCAGCCACUAUUCCUUUAAUAUUGGUUACAAGUACACUUUAUACUUUUGGAUAUUUCAACCGCACAAACCUCUACGUAUAUUCUAUCAGUGCUGCCUAUUUGAUGAUCAUGGAGUUGAUAAUAUAAAAGAGGUUAGCAUGAUACAAUGGAAGAACACGGAUCCUCGUAUAUUAAUAGUGCACGGUGCUUCCGAGGAAGAAAACGAAGACUCUUAUAUAACAUAUAUUAAAGUUCCUAAAUUGGGCUGUUUAGAGUGUAGAAAACAUAGAGACACUGAGGAGGAGGAAGGAUUUUUCCGCCGAAAUGUCCUCUGCAUUAAAUGUAAUCUAACUGUUCACACAAAAUAUACACCAAACGAAUCGAACUGUAAAUUCGAUCCAUACAUGCAUCUUAUUUGCCCAGAACGUAUACUGAUAAUUGCCAAUGGAUUCUUCCAUAUGCUUCACAUUCGUUUGGAGCAACCACCAAAAGAUCAUCAGGCUGCCGUGACUAUAACACAUCAGCACCAACAACAGAAUAUGAUAAAUGUGCUAAUGAUGAAACCGACAUGUGGAGGCUCAUCGACGCCUACUCAACUUAUCAAUGAUUUAAGUCCCCACCAGCAGCUGGAGAAGCGCAAUACACCCGUCAUAUUUACUCCCAACACAGAUUUGGAUAACUUCAGUGUAGACAGUCAAACAACCAAUAACUCUCAGAGCAAUGUUGUAAAUCGGAUAAUUGAAGACUUUCCUGAUAUUGAGACUGAUUCAACGCAUUCUGGUAGUGGCAUUGCCAUAACAACGUCACAGCAGCUGGCAUCUGUGGGUCUCAAGUCUCCAACAUCAAUGUUAAGCAAUCCCGAGUCGCCAUUAUCUCAUGUGACAUUGAGCCAAAAGACUGGCGAAGAAAUCGUACUUUCCUGUGGCCCCAACGUAUCUAGUCGUGUCAAUGCCAUUUCGUCCACAAUGACAAAUACGCCAUCCACACAAAACACUUCAUCACCUAUUUCAUCGGGUAACACCAUGAAACCCAACACUUCACCUCCAUUUCAGAACAGUCCCAGACGCCGGCUUCGCAUUGUGUCCAAGUCAUUUCGCAAAGGUGUCUCUAUGUUCUUUUCAUCAUCUGGCAUCACAACCACUCAUACAAUUUCCCCCAACUCAUCCACAAGUGGUGCAUCUAGUGCCAACAAUUCGUCGAACAAUGACCGUGCAUCAACCUAUGAAUUUUGUGAAGAAAAUGAAAAGUGUGAAAAAAUAUCAAUACUACGAAAACGUCGUCUGGCCGAAAGAAAAUAUGAAUUUUCUGAGGAUAAUUCUGAGAACAUAAUACCCUAUACAAAAACAAGGACAUCGGCCUCGAAUUCAUUUAGUUCCUUGAUGAGCAACUCAAGCACAGGCAGUCAUUCGCCACGACACAAUCGAACACAUCUACAUAGCAAUCUUUCGCCAUAUGCCUCACCUUCAUCAUCACCCCAUCCUCAUAGCUCAAAUGUGAGUAGCUAUGGCCAUUAUGUGCCACCCUCAGCUUUGUCCCCCUUGCGCCAUAGCUGCACUUCACCAUUGGGCUUUCGAUCUCCACCCUCAACUUCUGGUCUCAUUACACCAACAUACAGUGGUGGUGGCGGUAGCGGCAAUGUCGGCAACAUUGGUGGCGGAGGUAGUUCCUCUGUUAUGCGUUCUCCAAGCCGUCACUUGGUUAGCAAUAAUUACUAUAAUCACAAAUCACCUCCGCAUUACAGCCUCUCAACGGCUACACAACACAUGUUGAGUUAUAAACCUCAUGGAACCCUAUUGCCACUGCAGUUGUCUGUGGCAAAACGUUCGCAUUUGGAACGAGGUGGCUCAAUAUCACCAAAUUAUCAACAUCCCUUCUUGUCGCCACGACGGGAUGAGAUGCGAUCUUUUGAGGUGCCAUUGCAGGGUGGCAUUGCAGAAAAGCCUGUGUGUACGAAGAAAUUUCAAAGGCGCUACGUGGAAGAGGACGAUGCAGCAUCAGUGAUAACAAGUGAAGAGGACGACUGCAUUUCUCCAGGCUACCAUACGCUUUUACCCGUCGAAGUCCACGGCUCAUGUUAUUCAGAAAUGCAAAUGAUAUCGAAGGCCUCAUUUCAACAUUUGCGUUGUACAAGUGUGGUCAUUGAACAACAUUCUUUUGAUAUGGAAACAUUCACGUACUACGUUAUUAGUACCCUGUGUCAAAAGAAUCAGAAAAUAUAUGACUUCUUUUACGAUUGGGCAUAUGAACUGAUAAAUGUUUGUCCCUUAUCGCACACUUUAUUUUGUCUGCUAAUGGCCCAUUUCUCAGCCCGCGAAGAGGUGACAUCUUGUUUGAAUUGUUCACGAAAAUUAAAUUGUGCAUUCCAUCGGCGCCAAUAUGAAUGCCGUGUCCUCUUUACAUGGAAUAUGUUUACGGGCGAAUGGGAUGUAUUAGAUUUUGGAGAACUACAUGACCAUAAAUUACAGAAUAUUUUCAUACGUAAAGGCGUUAAACGCAAUCCCGUUUCUCUGGCUCAACGUGCCAAGAAACUGGCUCGCGAAAUGGCACAGACUCUCAACAAGCUACCCGAUUACACAAGCAACUUACGUGUAUUGGAUUCGAAUAUUAAAAAAUCUAAAAAGACUAUUACUGAUAUUGAUAAUAUGAUAGAAUUUUAUUUAAAACGACCCCGUUCUAUGAACUGAACUCCAAUUGCAUAUUUUCAAUAAUAUUCAUUUCCACCGCAUUGAUAUUUUUAUGAUUCAUUUAUGUUAGCUGCAUACAUAAAUGAACUCUUAAUUUAAUGGAUUCAUUUUAAUCACCACAUGAAAAUAUGAUUUAUGAUAUAAAACAAUAAUUUUAGAAUUUAGUCUGUAAGCAUCUAUAUUGUGGCAAUCGUAUUUGUAUUCCCUCUACUGUAAAGGCUAAUGGAAGCUUUCGAGCCCUAAGACUUGUUUUAUUUUAUUACAAAGAAAUUGAAAAUAUCUAGGCUCAGUUUUUUCUCCUGUAAUCAAAAUUAGUUGUUUUUUUGUUUUUAAAAUUUGAGAUAGUUUUAAUAGUUUCAUUUUAGAUUUAGCUUAUUUUAAUAUCCUAUUAAAUUAUCUAUUCAGAAAAAUACAACGAGUGAGAUAUUCCUAUACUUUUAGCAAUACAUAA